AUGUCAUCUCUGGCGACGGCCCGACUCACGGAAGAGCGCAAGCAGUGGCGUAAGGACCACCCCUUCGGUUUUUACGCUCGCCCGCAGAAGAAGGAGGACGGUACCCUCAACAUGAUGAUCUGGGAGGUCGGAAUUCCCGGCAAGGCUGGAACGAACUGGGAAGGAGGCAUCUACGUCGUCACCAUGACGUUCCCCGAUGGUCGCUUCACCCCUCCGCUCUUCCACCCUAACGUCUACCCGUCUGGAACCAUCUGUCUCAGCAUUCUGGACGAGGAGAAGUCUUGGAAGCCGGCCAUCUCGAUCAAGCAGGACCUUCUCGACAACGCCAACAUCGGAGACCCCGCCCAGAUCGACGCCUACCAGAUGUACAAGAACGACCGUCCUGCCUAUGACAAGCGCAUCAAGCAGCAGGCGAUCGAGCGUCGUCAGAAGUAG